UUAGAUAUGUUCCCCGUUUUUGCAUGUAAAGAUUCUUUCUUAUUGUUUCAACUCAUCUUCCCUUCUCUCACUCUGUGUUGUCAAAGGUUAUCCAUGGACCAGAUACAGCACAACUACGUUGAAUCCAACAACGGUGUGAAGAUUCACUUAGCCGAGAUCGGAGCCGGCGAAACUGUCGUCCUUUUCCUUCACGGAUUUCCUGAGAUCUGGUACUCAUGGCGCCAUCAAAUGAUUGCCGCCGCGAAAGCCGGUUACCGAGCUAUUGCGCCAGAUUUCAGAGGUUACGGCUUGUCAGAUGCCUCACCAGAACCUGACAAGACGACAUUCAAAGAUACUGUCGCAGAUCUCCUUGCAAUCCUAGAUUCCUUGACUAUUCCAAAGGUGUUUCUUGUUGCUAAAGAUUGGGGAACUCGACCUGCAUAUCUUUUAGCAUUUCUUCAUCCGACAAGAGUUUCAGGAAUCAUAACACUUGGAGUUCCAUACAUGCCUCCAUCUCCAGAAGAACGAAAAAGAUUGCUUCCUGAAGGUUUCUAUAUCUCAAGAUGGCGGGAACCUGGACGAGCUGAAGCUGAUUUUAGUCGUUUUGAUGCUAAAACUGUUGUAAAAAAUGUUUACAUCUUGUUCUCAAAAAGUGAAAUCCCCAUAGCUGAUGAGAAUCAGGAAAUUAUGGAUUUAGUUGAACCAUCAACUCCAUUACCAUCUUGGUUCAGUGAUGAAGAUCUCAAAGCUUAUGGUGACUUGUAUGAAAAUUCAGGACUUCAAACAGCAUUACAAGUUCCAUAUAGGUCAAUUGGAGAAGUAAUAAACUUGCCAAAUUCGACAGUGGAUUGCCCGGCUUUGCUGAUUAUGGGCGAGGAGGAUUAUUUCAUAAAAUUUCCGGGAGUUGAGGAUUACGUAAGGAGUGGAAAUGCGAAAUUCUUUGUUCCGAAAUUGGAGACAAUAUAUGUACCUCAAGGAAGUCAUUUUGUGCAAGAGCAAUUUCCUGAUAAGGUGAAUGAGCUUAUUCUCGCAUUCUUGAGUAGCCAAGCCAUUGCCACGACGGAAUAAGGUUAUGUUUCUUAUUGCGAUUAAUAAUGUUAUGCUGUUUUCGAAUAAUCUAAGACUUUGUUUCAAUUUGUUGAAUUAUAAUUGAUAUGUUGUUAUAUGUCUACAAAAACAAUUUGAAUUGGGAUGGGAAGAAAAUGUGUAGGUUUGAAUUCAAAUUACAACUUUAUAAUUAAACAAACAAUAUAAUUUGAAAUUGAAGAGCAGCUGUCAUUUUACUUUACCCAA